UAAAUAAAGCCUUUCAAGUAUGCUUAUGCAACGACUUUGUGACUAUAACAGCUGAUUUCUUAUUAGUUGCCAAACCUGCAGUCAAAGUAUUUUUCCUCCGGUGGUAUGGGUUCUUACCCAAUAAUUCAUGUAGUUUGCAGUUUUUGUUUCUUUUUAAAUGUAGAUGACGCGCCUUCGUCAUCGUUUAUGAAAAAAACAAUUAGUACGUGGAGUUUAAGUGGAAAAUAAUAAAAACAAAUCGGUAUAUGUAAGAUGACUUUAAGGAGCACGAAGUGUUAUUCAUAUUUUCUGUUUUGUGGUGUAGUAAUUUGUUAAGUGAUUGAUUAUUCGGUUAUUUGCGAGAAAAUGUUAAAAUCUGAAUGGGCCAAGCAUGAUGUGAAGGAAGUUCUGGAAGAGGCUGGACUAAUGCCUGAUAUUCUAGAUCAAGCUUCCUUGUUUGAAUCGAAGGUCAUUCAAUAUUCUCAGUCUCACCAAGAACCGAUGAAUAUUUUUCGGUGGAAAGCAGUGUGCUAUCAUUACGUUGGUCGGAAGCGACAGGUGACGCGCUACCAAAAUAGGGACUCGUACACGGCGACGCAGGUCUAUUACGAAAGGGUCAACUCACACGCGGCUGGAUCCAGCUUCGUCUACACCUUCUGUGAGGUCAAGGACAUCUCUAAACGUAUUGUCCUCAAUCAGGCCAAACGGCCUAUCACGAAAAUUCGCUUCAGCAAAGGAAGUCUCAGAGCAAUUGAAUACAUUUGAAAAACCUACUGAGUGCUAAACAUCACCACAUAAUUUGGAGUCCGCUGUAGUCUCUUAAUGGUAGAGGGGAAACAUGUAAAUAAAGGGACAUUUUAGAAGGAGAAUGAGCAAAAAAUGUUUCACGCUCUGAUUUGGCAACAGGUCAAUUUUUUCACAGUUUACGGGCUCCUCGCACUUACCGAAACUACAUGGUGGUCUAGAGCACUUUUGGCAGCGGUUUAUCAGUAUUCAGUGGUUGCACUUACAAGCCACAAAUGGUAGGGUUUUUGAACUUUUGAGACAAUUUAAGAUUCAUUAUCCUUAUUUUAAAGAAAAUUGGUUACACCAAUCAACCUGAUUCCACGGACUCCACUCUCAACCUCAUCAUCUCCUCUCAAAUAUAAUCUACCGAUAGAUAGGAAGUACCCACUCAUACACGAGCUACAAAAAUGGUCAGUAUAAUGAUUUUGUCCGUGUUGAACACUAUAUGUCAAUUGGGCUUAAUGAAGAGUGGAAAUACAAAUUUUUGGUUUAGGCUUCUCUACCUUCUCGGUCUUCACACAACGACAAUAGCACUUUACAAACACGGAUUUUACGAUGUUGGAAUGGAAUAAUUUAUUGUAAAUAAAUAUUUUCUAAAGAAAGUAUA